AGCUGCCUUUUAGUGCCAACUAUCUGUGCCAGUCAGUGCCACAUAUCAGUGCCAGUUAGUGCCACCUAUGAGUGCUGCCAAUCAGUGACGCCUAUCAUUGUCAGUCAGAGUUGCCUAUCAGUGCCCAUCAUUGCCACCUAACAGUGCCCGUCAUUGCCACCUAACAGCUCCACACCAGUCAGUGCCACCAAUCAGUGCCGCCAGUCAGUGUCAUAUAUAAAUACUGCCUUUCAGUGCCCAUCAGUGAUGUCUGUGAAUGGCCUCCAGUGAUG